CUUUUUAUGAGGGUCAGCAAGAAGAUAUAAAUACCAGCUCUGCCCUGACUUCCCUGCUCUCCGAAGGCUUUGGCAUUCAGCAUGAAGUUGUCAAGUAGCCUCCUCUUCCUCCUGUUUCUCCUCACCUUCACCAUGGACCAGCAAGAAGCUAAAGUGAUCAGUAAUUCAUUCCUAGGUGCUUGUGUUGAGCUCUGUGGAGGAGACUGGGACUGUGAACCUGAAGAGCGCUGUGUCAGCAAUGGAUGUGGCCACGUCUGCACAGACCAAUCUGUUUAGAAUCUGCUUAGAGAAGAAUUCAUUCAAGAAAAGUCCACUGGGAGUUGUUUCUAUCUUGCUGGAGUUCUUACCU